GCUCCUCGUGCAAUUGCGAAAAAAGAGACACUGCUGCAAAGGAGCGCAAAUCAAAAUGUGUCCAUUUGCCACAGAGUGACAGAGGCCUCCCUUUCCAGUGUAGCUCCUGUUUUUGUUGUGAUGAGGUUUGACAAAGAGGGGAACGUGACAUCAUUUGAGAAGAAGAAAACAGAACUUUGCCAAGAACUAAGCCUGCAAGCCAGAGACCUGCGCUUCCAGCACAGCACUAGCCUUACUGCAAGAAACAACUGUAUUAUAAUACGCAUGGAGUCUCUGAAAGCUGUAGUAACCCCCCAGUGCCUUUUGGUGUUUGAUUUCCGAGGCCUGGCUUUGGAGCGCUGGUUGGUACUAGAACUGGCCCCACAGAUAGCAUCACAGACACACUCUCUGCCCUUUGAGUUCAGAGCACUGGAGGCCAUUCUGCAACACAGGGUGAACAGUCUCCAAACCCGGCUAAAUGAAGUCCAUCCAGUAAUAUUGGACACUUUGGAGUCUCUGGUGGAUCCUAAAAUCCUCUCUGCAGACAGAAGUAAACUACAUAUACUCCUGCAGAACAGCAAGAGUUUAUCAGAGUUGGAGACAGACAUAAAGGUUUUUAAGGAUUCUCUGUUGAAGAUCUUGGAUGAGGAAGAGAUGAUUGAAGAACUUUGUCUGACCAAGUGGACCGACCCAAGAGUGUUCGAAGAGAGUAGUAUGGGUAUCGACCAUGCUGAGGAGAUGGAGCUCUUGUUAGAGAACUACUACAUGCAGGCUGAGGAGUUGGGCAAUGAGACCAGAGAGCUGAAAGGACUGAUCGACGACUCUGAGAGUGUCAUCUUUAUCAAUUUGGACAGUCAUCGGAAUGUGAUGAUGCGCCUGAAUCUGCAGCUGACCAUGGGGACCUUCUCUCUUUCUUUAUUUGGCCUGAUGGGUGUGGCCUUUGGAAUGAACCUUGAGUCAUCCUUUGAGGAGGAUCCGCGUGUGUUCUGGCUGGUGACAGGCUUCAUGUUCCUGGGCAGCGGGCUGAUCUGGAGACGGCUACUGUCGUUCCUAGGACGACAUCUAGAGCCUUCAAUCCCUCCAGUUUGGAAGAGAAAUCUGAAAGGAAUAGACACCAAGACUGGGGUCCGAUGAUGAGGGAACUUUGCCUAUGGAGUACUUUAAAGCACCCAAGAAGUCCCGAAGGACUACAACCCUAUGCUUCUUUUACCAC